AUGGAUUUCUCAACUCUUGAGGUUCGCUCCGAUUCAGGGAGCGGUCGACCGGCUUCCUACAAAGCCAUCGGUAUUUCUUUAGCUGUCGCAUCGGGUCUAUUCAUUGGUGUAUCGUUCGUACUCAAGAAGACGGGUCUGCUGAGGGCCAAUGUCAAAUACAAUGAGGAAGCCGGCGAGGGGUACGGAUACCUGAAGAACUUCUACUGGUGGGCGGGUAUGACGCUGAUGAUAAUCGGAGAACUUUGCAACUUCGUCGCUUACGCCUUCGUUGAUGCGAUUCUGGUAACUCCGCUGGGUGCGCUGUCGGUUGUGGUGACGACGAUCCUAUCUGCUAUCUUUCUCAAGGAACGGCUGAGUUUCGUCGGUAAGGUUGGCUGUUUUACCUGCAUUCUCGGGUCUGUUAUCAUUGCGAUGAAUGCGCCUGAGCAGUCAUCCGUAAGCAACAUUCAGGAAAUGCAGAAAUAUGUUAUCACUCCCGGGUUUUUGUCGUACGCUGGCGUUAUCAUCGUGGGUAGCAUCAUCACGGCUGUGUGGGCUGGGCCUCGAUACGGAAAGAAGAGCAUGUUCGUCUACAUUAGUAUCUGCAGUUCUAUUGGUGGGUUAAGCGUAGUCGCUACGCAGGGACUGGGCUCGGCCAUUUUGGCACAGAUCAACGGAGAAUCGCAGUUCAAGCAUUGGUUCCUCUACGUCUUGUUUGCGUUCGUCGUGGCGACUUUAUUGACAGAAAUCAUUUAUCUCAAUAAAGCGUUGAACAUCUUCAAUGCCGCCCUAGUCACCCCCACCUAUUACGUCUUUUUCACCAGCGCCACGAUUAUCACCUCAGCAAUUCUCUUCCAAGGCUUCAAAGGGACCGGCAUGCAGAUCGCUACAGUCAUCAUGGGCUUUUUGCAGAUCUGCGCUGGGGUCGUCCUCCUGCAGCUCUCUAAGUCCGCCAAAGACGUCCCCGACUCCGCUGUCUUCAAAGGCGACCUCGACCAGAUUCGUGAGGUGGCCACACAGGAAGAACCAGAAACAGAGCCCAAGGCCGACUCUAUCCGCGGCACAGCCGCUAUUAUUCGUAGGAUAUCGACACCCCGUCGUACGAUGGAGGCAGAGGAGGCACGACGCUAUUUAAGAGAACGACAAGAAGAUAAGCUACACCCGCCUGCAGAGAACGAGAUCAUCGAAUGGGAUGGAUUGCGCCGGCGCAAGACUGUCCUCGGUGAAGGACCAACGAUGACCCGGAGUGCAACUCGCACGCCGUCAGUCAAGAGGCCGCUACCCCCAUUGGGAAUGUCCCGGUUUCCAGAUGAAUCAGAGCGUCCCGAUACCAAACAAAGUAAUCACUCUUUCUUAGAUGAGAUUCGAAUGCGGUCACCGAGUCAUUCGUGGCAGCCAAUUCGAGACCAUGACCCUAGUCAACCGGCGGCUUUAGCGCCUAUGUCGUCAAUCCAUAGCAGAAAAGUCGACACAAGUUAUCCCGGACCACCUCGAAGUGACACAUCUCAUUCUAUAACAUGGGCAGACGAACCCCCUGAACCUCCAGCACAUGGUUCUAAACGCCAAUUUUCAUUCCAUGCUUUCCACCGACCCAAGUUCGACGUGCCUAAGUCCCCUCGGGGCAUCUUGCGGAAGGGCCAUGAGCGUAAACCCACGGAAGAGGAACGUUUAGGGCUGGUCCGAGGAGACUCAAGGGAAGAUACUGGUGAGAAACUGGAUCGUACAUAUUCAAGUGAUAGUAUGGAGGACGAAUUGCCAUUAGGUGCACGUACAUUUACUGCAGCGCCGCCAUACGAAGAACAUCACUUUCACCCAGUCGAGGCUAGCCCACAGCGAUCGUCCCGGCUUGUACGGAACCCCCUGCCGCCAUUGCCAGACGAACCGCCUCUAGAGCCCUACACCCAGGUCGAGCUUGGUUUGCCUAGCUACCGCCGCAUGUCUGACGCAAGCGCAGGGUCGCUAUCGUCGGGCCCAAGCAGAGGUUGGGAACAGGGAGGAUGGCGACGGCCUUCGAACGAUGGCGAGACAAGGGGUGGGCCAAGGGGCGCUCCUAUGUAG